UUUCCCUGUUUCCAGGCUCUGCCUCGUACUCCUCACAUCUCUCUCUCUCUCUUCUCUUUCUAACAUUCAAAUUUCAAACUUUCAAAAUUCCUCAUCCAAAAAACUUGUCACUACUUUCGUCUUACAUCUUCAUCACCAACACACACAAAAUUUGUGUUUUCUUCUUCUAAAAAACACAAUCUAAAACUAUAUUACUCUCUCUCUCUCUCUCUCUCUCUCUCUCUUUGUUUUACACAAUGAGGGAAGAAAAUGCCAGCAACAACCCAUCAGAAAGCAAGUCCAAAGCUUCAAAAUUUACGGAUCAAAACCAACCUCCAAAGCAUCAAACAACAAAACCAACCAACCCCAACAACAAUCACUCAAAACCAAGGUUAUGGGGUGCUCACAUUGUCAAAGGUUUUUCAGCAGACAAAAAAACCAAACACCAACAAACACUUCCGACUAAAAAACAACAAACAACCUCGGAUGCUGCUAACCAGAAAAACCCUUUUGUUCCAGUUCAAUCAAGGGUCAAAAGAUCACUCAUGGGUGAUUUAUCAUGUUCCAUUAAUGUUUCUCAAGUUCAUCCACAUGCUUUUCCAACACAUAGGAGACAAUCCUCUACUGAUUUGUUCACCGAGUUGGAUCAUAUGAGAAGCUUGUUGCAAGAGUCUAAGGAGAGAGAGUUUAAGCUUAAUGCUGAGUUGGUUGAGUGUAGGAGGAAUCAGAAUGAGGUUGAUGAGCUUGUGAAGAAAGUUGCUUUGUUGGAAGAAGAGAAAACUAGUCUAUGUGACCAAUUGGUUGUGUUGAGUAGGAGGUGUGAAGGGGUGAAAGGGGAAAACAAGGAUAGUUGUUAUAUGCAGAAUUUGGAGCUUGAAGUUGUUGAGUUGAGAAGGUUGAAUAAGGAGCUGCAGAUGGAGAAGAGAAACCUCACUUGCAGAUUAUCUUCUAUGGAGUCUUGUUCUGCCAACUCUUCGGAGAGUGACAUUGUUGCCAAAUUCAAAGCCGAGGCGUCAUUGCUCCGAGUUACGAAUGAAGACCUGAGCAAACAAGUAGAAGGUUUACAAACAAGCAGAUUAAAUGAGGUGGAGGAGCUUGCUUAUUUGAGGUGGGUGAAUUCAUGUUUAAGAAAUGAAUUGAAGAAUACAACAUUGGAUUCUGAUAAACCAUCUAGUCCUCAAUCUAUUGUGAGUAGUAGUGGAGAUUCUGUUACUUCUUUCUCUGAUCAAACCAAUAGCUACUUAAAGUGUGGUAAUAGUAGUGGAAAUAGUUUCAUCAAUUUAGUUAAGAAGCCAAAAAAGUGGCCAAUAACGAUUGAAUCAUCACAAGUAGAGUGCACAAGUAGUAGUAUCAUUGACAAAAAUUGGAUUGAAUCAGUUUGUGAUGGGAGCAAUAGAAGAAGACAUUCAAUUAGUGGUUCCAAUAGCUCAGAGGAAGAUAUUGUUGUAUUAAGUAAAAGAAGACAAUCUAAUUGUUUUGAUUCUUUUGAAUGUUUAAAAGAAAUGGAAAAAGAAUCAGUGCCAAUGCCAUUAUCAAUUCAACAAUCUUGUUUGGAGAAAAGAGCAUUAAGGAUUCCUAAUCCUCCUCCAAGACCUUCUUCAUGUUCUAUUUCUAGCAAAACAAAACAAGAAAGCUUAGUUCAAGUUCAAGUUCAACCUCCUCCACCUCCACCUCCUCCACCUCCUCCUAUGAAUUUCGCUUCGAGAAGUAACACGGCGAUGGUUAAACGAGCUCCACAAGUAGUGGAAUUGUACCAUUCACUCAUGAAGAGAGAUUCUAGAAGGGAUUCUUCUAAUGGAGGACUAUCUGAUGCUCCUGAUGUUGCAGAUGUUCGUAGCAGCAUGAUUGGAGAAAUUGAGAACCGAUCGUCACAUUUACUUGCUAUAAAAGCAGAUAUUGAAACACAAGGAGAAUUUGUAAAUUCAUUGAUUAGAGAGGUGAAUGAUGCAGUUUAUCAGAACAUAGAAGAUGUGGUGGCAUUUGUGAAGUGGCUUGAUGAUGAACUUUGCUUCCUUGUGGAUGAAAGGGCUGUUCUUAAACAUUUUGAUUGGCCAGAGAAAAAAGCUGACACAUUAAGAGAAGCAUCAUUUGGUUAUCAAGAUUUGAAAAAACUGGAAUCUGAAGUUUCUUCAUACCAAGACGAUCCUCGGAUACCUUGUGACAUUGCUCUAAAGAAAAUGGUUGCAUUAUCAGAAAAGAUGGAACGUACGGUUUAUACUCUUCUUCGAACGAGGGAGUCGCUUAUGCGAAAUUGCAAGGAUUUUCAAAUUCCUGUAGAAUGGAUGCUAGAUAAUGGAAUCAUCGGCAAGAUAAAACUAGGCUCAGUUAAAUUGGCUAAAAAGUAUAUGAAAAGGGUAGCCAUGGAAGUUCAAACAAAGUCAGCAUUUGAUAAAGAUCCUGCAAUGGAUUACAUGGUUCUCCAAGGAGUGAGAUUUGCUUUCAGAAUCCAUCAGUUUGCGGGAGGAUUUGAUGCAGAAACAAUGCACGCGUUCGAGGAACUUCGCAAUCUUGCAUCUCUACUUAACAAGACAUGAAGAGAAUGAUGAUAAGUUCCAGCUUACCAUCUCAGUAAGCCAUAGACUAAUAUAUUCCAUAAGAUUUUGUUGUAUACUUCAAAAUAAUUCAAAAUCAAAUUAUGUUGUGUAACUCAAUACAACAAUCAAGAUAAAUGUAUUAAUAUAUGGUAGAAUGAGAUUCCCUACCAUUUGAGAAACUUCAGAGGCUAGGCCUUUGAUUAAAGUAGAGAUUAUUAUUUUUUAAUUUUA